AUGGAGGCUCUGAAUGGGUUAUUGGGUAAAGCCAAGGAACUGAAUUUAUUGAAAGGUGUCUUGGUUGGGAAAAUGUCAAACGCGAUUGAAGCUGCAUCGGGAUUGAAAAUAAACCUCUUAAAAUCAGAGCUUGCUAGAAGUGGGAGUAAUGGGGAUGGCAGCGAAUAUGCCAAGGUCUUGGGGUGCAAGGCAGUGAUGUUUCCUAUGAAAUAUUUGGAAGUUCUUUUGGGGGCCAAAUUCAAAGAUAAGUAUACUUGGGAACUGGUUAUUGAAAUGUUUGAAAAUAGACUUAUGGGUUGGAAAAGGAAUUUUCUAUCAAAGGGAGGCCGCUUUACUCUAAUCAAAAGCACUAUGUCCAACCUCCCUGUUUACUACCUGUCGAUACUCACCAUCCCUAAAGAUAUUGCAAAGAAAUUGGACAAUAUUCAAUGUAGAUUUCUAUGGGGCGACGAAGAUGGAAAAGGAAGUACCAUUUGGUUAAUUGGGAGGAGGUUAAAAAACCGAUUCAUAGUGGUGUUUGGGGAUAAGAUCUCUUGUCAACAUAAAUUUGACUUUUCAAGGAAAAUGGUUAUGGAAGUUUUUGAAUGA